CGAUCAUGGGGUUGAUUUUCCCGCCGCUGCAAGUACCCUCCGCGGGCGUGGCGCACGGGAGUCGAUUUCAUCGCGCGCUGCGUCUGUUGCUGGGCGUGGUGCUCCUGGCGGCGCGGGGCCGCUGGGAAUGCGUGCAUGCUCAGCAGCACGGCGCAGCAGGGACAGGGAUGCAGCAGACGCCUCUUAACGGAGCCGCCACCACCACCCCCCUCCCAUGGUCGUCUGUUCCACAGCAGCAGAAUCAACAGCAGCAACAGCAGCAGCAGCAGCAGCAAGGGGGGGGUGCGGAGGUGCAGCGGUGGUAUCUAGACAACAGUGAGCUAGAGGCGUUCCUCAGGGCCUAUGUGGACCGAUGCAGCCACAUGGCACGCCUCUAUAGCAUCGGCCGCAGUGUGCUGGGCGUGCCUCUGUGGGUGCUGCUCAUUACUUUGAACCCAACUGAAAAGCGCCCUCGCUUCACAUUCAAGUACAUAGGCGGCGUGCAUGGGGACGAACCGCUGGGGCGGCAGCUUUUGCUGUACCUCGCGGACUGGCUGUGCAACAACUAUCCUUCGCACCCCCUUGCGAGGGAGGUGGUGGAGGGGGUGGAGCUGCACCUACUGCCAGCCAUGAACCCCGAUGGCUUCACGCUGCACACCAGGGAGAACGCCAACCGAGUCGACCUCAACCGCGCCUUCCCUGACCACUGGUUCGCGGAGAUGAAUGCGGAGGAGGCGGGGCGGCAGGCGGAGGUGCGCGCCGUGAUGCGGUGGACACAGCGCCACCACUUCAGCGCCUCUGCUAGCCUGCACGGGGGAGCACUGGUGGCGAGCUAUGCAUGGGACGGCACUAAGGACAAAGGCACGCACUACGCUGCAUCGCCAGACGACGCCACGUUCCGCCUCAUGGCCACCACGUACGCCACUGCCCACCCCUCCAUGGCGCUCUCGCGUGACUUCCCCGGCGGCAUCACCAACGGCGCCUCCUGGUAUCCGCUGUACGGGGGCAUGCAGGACUGGAACUACGUGGAGGCGCGCUGCAUGGAGAUCACCCUCGAGCUGCACAUCGCCAAGUGGCCCUCGCCCUUCCUUCUGCCUCAGCUGUGGGAGGAGCACCGACCGGCCCUGCUCGCCCUCCUCACCACCACUGCCAAGAUGGGCGUGCAGGGCACGGUGCAGUGUGCAGCCACCUCGGCGCCCCUGCCUGCCAGCAUCACUGUGCAUGGGAUUGACAUCCAGGUGAUGGCGUCAAAGCGCUUUGGGGACUUUUACCGCCUGCUGCCGCCAGGGAACUACACAGGUGGGGGGGGGGUGACGCUGGUGGGGGGGGCUGACGCAGGUGGGGGGGGGCUGACGCAGGUGGGGGGGGCUGACGCAGGUGGGGGGGGGCUGACGCAGGUGGGGGGGCCUGACGCAGGUGUGUGGGGCUUAGAGGAGAGCGGGGUGCAUGGCCAUGAGGGGGAUGCAAGCGGGGUGCAUGCACCAUUCGGCAUAGAGGGUGGGGCGGGCAUGGUGGGUGGGGCGGGCAUGGUGGGUGGGGCGGGCAUGGUGGGUGGGGCGGGUAUGGUGGGUGGGGCGGGUAUGGUGGGUGGGGCGGGCAUGGUGGGUGGGGCGGGCAUGGUGGGUGGGGCGGGUAUGGUGGGUGGGGCGGGUAUGGUGGGUGGGGUGGGCAUGGUGGGUGGGGCGGGCAUGGUGGGUGGGUGGGGCGGGAAUGGAUAUGACCAUAUCACACGCGGGGCACGUCAACCACACCACCAACGUCACAGUGCUCGCAGGCCGCCCCACGCUGCUACACGUCCUGCUCCGCACCUCCUCCCCCCCUCCCUCCACGCCCCCUCCAUCUUUCAAACCCGCUCCUUGCCCCCACCGCCCCCCCACCCCUCGGGGCUCGCCGCCUGGCUACCCUGGCACUGGGGCAGCAAGAGAGGAGACGCCACGGAAAAGCAGGGAGUGAGGAAGGGGGGAGGGCAGGGAGGCAGGGCAGGGGGGGCAGAUGAUCCGUCUCUGGUGCUGCCUUCACGGCAGCAGGCAGCAGCAGCGGCGGCAGCAGGGGGGGUGUUGAGUAGUGAUGAGGUGAUGUGGGCGGUGGGCAUGGGAAGCAGUGCAGCGCUGGCGGCAGCAGUGGUGGCGGUGGUGCUGCUGGGCGGGCUGCUCAUGAUGGUGGGCCACCGCCGCCGCCGCUUUCUCUUCUCCCACCGGGGGCUGCCUCUACGCUCGCUGCCGAAAGUGUGA